GCUUAACCCACUGCACUCAAUUGCUGCAGAAUGAUUUUCUUAAAAAAGAGAAGGAAGUACUGUCCAUGUCGAUUUAAUUAGAAAAAAAAGAAGCACAGUGGGGACUGGCAGCAGUCUAAAAAAAGAAAGAAAAAUGAAACCCUGUUGAAUCCCAAGUGAAACAAACAUGAAUAACUCCAGCGACCAUCCCAACUGUUCCAUCGAUGACUUCAAGUACCGCGUCUAUCCUGCAACGUACUUAACUAUCUGGGUUGUUGGGUUUUUUGGGAAUGGUGUCUCCUUGAUCAUCUUCUGCAAGCCUAAAAAGAAAUGGAGUUCAGUCAACAUGUACCUGUUUAACUUGCUAAUCUCUGACCUAAUACUGGUGUGCGCUCUUCCCUUCCGCGUGACUUACUACCUGAUGGAGUCACACUGGAUUUUUGGGGAUGUCAUGUGCAGAAUCAUGUCUUAUGCCUUUUACCUAACCAUGUACAGCAGCAUCUAUUUCCUGAUGGUGCUCAGUAUUAUGCGUUACUUAGCCAUAGUGCACCCCUAUAAAUUUGUGAUGCUCAGAAACACACACAGUGCCAAAAUAGUGUGCUGCAUAGUUUGGUUUUUUGUAGCGGCAGCUUCUUCCCCGUUGCUUUUAAAAGGGAUUACAAAUCAGGGAGACAAAGUGAAAUGCCUAGAACCUCAAUAUAAAAUUAUUUUAUUGAUGAACUAUGUGGUUCUUUUGAUAGGGUGCCUUAUACCUUUCACUGUCAUUGCUGUCUGCUACUUCUUUGUUGUCAAAACCUUAACGAAACCCAGAAACAGGCAAAAGAAGAGCCCCUCCCACAAAAAGUCGUCCGCCAUGGUUGUCAUUGUCACUUGUAUUUUCAUAAUUUGCUUUUUGCCUUACCACAUAGUCAGGACGGUUUUUUUGGAGACCUACACGAUACAGUCCUUGCUGCCCGGCUAUGAGAGCUGCGACUAUAUUAACUUUAUACAUAAGGUAGCUGUGGUCACCCUCUGCCUUGCAGCAUCAAACAGUUGCUUGGACCCACUCUUGUAUUUCUUUGUGGGAGAAAACUUCAUGUACUGGUGGAGGAAGCGGAAAGAACAGACAGAAUUAAAGCAGCUAAAUUCGAAGGACCCAAAUUGAGGACUCUGUGUUUUCAUAUCUUCUGUGAAUACCAAAAAAAGAGAGACUGCAGUCUUAUGUGUUUAAAUGCCUUUUGUUUCUUAAAGGCAAAGCAGUAAUCAUAGGCUGACAGUCUGGGGCAACUGGCUGACUUGUGUGGUUAAACAACUCUCAAAGGCAAACUUAGUUAUCAAAGACUAUUUAGGGGAACACGCAAGGUAACACUGACAUUUGAAAAUGCUUGUUGAUGUUGUAAUUUUACUGGACGCGCCACUCGGGAGCCCUUUACUUGAUUGUAGUUUGUGAAUCAUAUUUUAUAGAACAACUUUUCCAGCACAGAAGACAUGUUUUGUACUCGACGCUACUGAAUAUUUUUUAAAAUCUUAUUUGUAAUCUAUUUUGCAUUUAUUCAAAUCCAAAUGACAGAAUGACUGACUUGUUUCAAAUUACUGUUGAUCUAAGGAAACUAAUUUGGAUAUGUUUACUCAUGAUAAUGGCCACAAGCAUCCCACUCUUGCGUGGCUGUUUUUGUACGUGAGCUAUAACUCAACAGCUAUUCAUUAGAAAACAUUUAGAUUUUAAUCUCAACCCACUUGAACACUGGAUGUGGUAAAAUUAUGUUGUGUGUGUAUCAACCAUUUCUAAGAAGUUUGACACCUUAUCUAUGGAACAGCUAUUGUAUAUAAUGAAAUGUACGUUGCUUGCAUUUUAAAAGAUGCACUCACUAUUACUUAAAACUGUAACCAUGUAUACAUCCACAAGAGACAUGUACAUCUGUGUUAAUAUACAGCAUAUAUUAAUCUAAUCAUGUACUAGACCAUAAAUUAAACCUUACCUGCCAACGUAUUUUAUGUUUUAUGUUGCAUGCAAAUUGAGAAUGUAAGCCUUUUUAGAUGCAUUCAACCCCUGUAGGAAUUCUCAUUUAGUCCAGGGGAGAUAUGCUUUUCAGCAAAUAAACCAUGAUAACUACAGGGUGCAUCAAGUAUGCAACAAGUCAAGGAUUAUUAUUUAUUUUUUUUACUAAGGAGUCUGUUGUCUCCAAAUACACUAGAUAUGUCCUCUAUUUUUGUUAUUGCUGUACAUGACAAGUGUUUUGGCUCUGCUUUUAAAAAAAAACAAAACAGUUAUGCUGAUUCCACUUAACUGAAUCAGUCAUUCGGUUCAACGACAGGCUGCAGUCGCUAAGUACCUUUGUGACAUUGGUUUAUACAAACUGUGCCUUGUAAUUUUAUUACAGGAUAACAGGAUUUGGAAUCCCACUGAAAGUGAAUGGCAGAAAGAUGCCACUUCUCAUGUAAUGGCCCAUUAACUGUAUCCAUAUAAAUGUAAAUAAUGACAAGAGAUGCAAAGCUCACUGAUUUUUUUCGUAAACAGAAAAUAAGCUUGUUCCCUAAAGAAUACUUGUAAAGUAUUGUAAAGACUUUUUUUUGAAUGCAGAUGUACUUUCUAUUUGUGUUUCUGAAAGCUGCUUUUAAAGGCUUGUGUGCACACUUCAAGAAUCACAAACAGUUCAACAAACCCAUUCAAUGAUCGACAUUGUUUUCAGGACAGAUUGAAAUUGUACAGCACAAUGUUAUCAACUCCUAACCAUUAGGAGUUUUAUUACUUUAGUCAACACAACCACGACUUCAUAUAACAUGCACAGAUAACACAGGCUACCUUUUAAUUGACAGGCUGUUUGGAAUUAACAAGAUGAUAAUAGCACUCUUGCACUCAACUAACAGCAUGCACAAUUUGUAAAUGUCACCACUAUUUUAUUUGUAUUGUAUAACUUAUAUUUGUUUUUAUUUUACGCUGUCAUUACACUUGAUUUGCAUUGAUUCUAACCGCCUUUAUUUUAUUUGUUUAAAAAAUAUUUUCCAUGAAGGGACUGACUGUGACACCUUGUACAUGUUCUUUUGGCAGGCAUAGGGUUAAAAGUGUACUUCCACCCCAACUAGUAAGCCAAUAUGUGAAAAUAUGUUGUUUGAAUGGGAGGCCAGACCUGACAAAGGAGAACUAAUUCGGUCUGGAUUGAAGGAGAAUGGGUGCCUGUGUGGUCCCUUUCUUGAUCACUUUGGGGGACACUCUUAAACUCUAGACCAUGCUUAAAGGAACAGUGCUUUUUACAAAGUCAGUUAAGUGUCUCUUGUCCAAUAGUGUUGAAACUUGAUAAAGAUAUUCUUCAGCAAGUUAUUGAGUUUAUCAGAACCUGGGUGUUUACGAAAGCUGUCUGUCUGUCGUCUGACUAUCUGUAUGUAUGUCACUGGCAUGCUUGUUUAUGCUGGCACCUGUAUGUGCGUCCGAUGUGUUCCUUUUUCUCCAAAAUGAUUUAACAGGGAGUUAUAACAUUAAUUUAAUUUUAACAGGAUAUAACAUGGUUUUAUUUUAAAUAUUCAC